UCGGGGUCAGCGCGUGGCGCGCGCGGCGGUCGGCGUCCUGUGGCCCCGCGGCCAUGCCCAAGCGGGGCUGCCCCUUCGCGGACGCCGCCCCGCUGCAGCUCAAAGUCCGCGUGGGCCGAAAGGAGCUGAGCCACGGCGUGUGCGCCGAGCGCUACUCUCGGGAGAUUUUCGAGAAGACCAAGCAACUCCUUUUCCACGGGGCCCAGGCCUGCAGGAACUAUGUGUGGGGUGAAGGCUGUGCCAUCGUCCACCUGCCAGAGUCCCCAAAGCCCGGCCCUACAGGUGUACCUCGAGCUGUAAGGGGGCAGAUGCUGAUUGGACCAGAUGGCCGACUGAUCAGGAGCCGAGCCCAGGCCCCUGAGGCUGACCUGUCGGGGGCCACAGCCAUCGCCUGUUCCUCAUGCGUUCGAGCUGCUGAUGGGAAGGUGGUCUGCAGCCAGUGCGAGCGGGCCCUGUGUGGGCAGUGUGUGCGCACUUGCUGGGGCUGUGGUGCAGUGGCCUGUGCCCUGUGUGGCCUUGUGGAUAGUUCUUUCUCAAGGAAAUCCAGAUUCACCAAUGCUGCAGUGGCGUCUGGGAGAAGGCCCUGUGCACCAGCUGCGCCAUGUUUGAAGCCUGAGACUCCUGUGGAUGGCACACACAUCCGUGCUGAAGAGGGCAGGAGUGGCUUGUGUGUUGCAUUUUGUACCCUGAUGACAGAAUCAAAUAAACCCCUUUAUAUUUGCAUGUGAGGACUCCUGUCAUAGCCAUCUGAGGGUGAAGCGUGGGGUCUGCCCAGGCUGGGGGGCAUAACAGGUGGGGAGCAGCUGCCUCCUACAGCCUUGCAGAGUGUGCCUGCCCUCUGCAUCAGAAGCUCCUACUCAUCACCAACCUGGCGCAGGGACCCAGAGCCCAGUCUGAUUGAGUGGUUUCCAGUGUACAGUGUCACCUCAUGCUGGUGUCCCUCCCAGACUGCCUCCUGAAAUACCUUGUCACAUGCAUGGCCAGGGCCCCAGGCAGUGUGACAGGCCCUGCCCUCCAGGAGCUCUCUCCAGCAGAGGAGGCAUCCUAGCGAUGCUGGGUUGGCAGUCCUUGCCCCGUUUUGAGCAGGCAGAGUUGCACAGGGCCAGGUGGGGCUGGGCAUGGAGGAUUGAGCAGGGCUAGAGUCAUACAGGAAGGCCAUGGGUGCUGGUCCUUGUGAAUCCAAGGGCCUGAGUUGGUAAGGUGGAUCACAGUGACACUGAAGCCCUGGGCUGGACUGAGGCAGGGUGGGACUGUGUGCUGGGAGACCCUUCACUUCUAUGGGCACUGGGAUGUGCUGGCCAGGGUUCAGGGGCAAGUGACACUGAGGAAUGCUGGUGGUGAGCAGGUGACAGCUAGAGCCUGGAAUGGGACUUGGGGCUGGAGCAGCAAGCAGGCUGCUGUGGCAGUGCCAGGUGGCAGAGGGGCCCACAGAGGGUUGGCAGCCUCUCCCUGGACAUGGAGCACGCUGAGGCUGUUAGCCAGGUGCUGGCUAUCCUUGUUGAGGGUGACCUCCUGCCACAGAGGCCCAGGGCCUUGCUGCCAUGGCUUCUGUUGCUGCCUCGCCCCACGGCCCAGCUCUCUGCAGGCCUUGUUAGUUCUCCCUUCUGCAUCCUCCAGCCUGUCUACCCGGGCCCCAAGGAAUGCCAUGGCAGCCAUUCAGCCUCCAUCUCCACUCAGGAUGGCUGCACAGCCCCGCCACUGCAGGCCAUCGCAGGCCAGCCGCUGGCCCAUCUCUCCUCCACCCAGCCCCUGGAGUGGGCCUCGAAUGUUCCCCCUUGGAACCCUCACUUCCUCUGCCUGGGGCUCUUCCUGUGGGCACCUGUAAGGCUUGCUCUCAUUUCUCUCAGGUUUGGGCUCAGAGAAGCCUCCAAUGUCUAGUUCACAGCUCCCUUCCAUCACUCCCUCAGCCCCCCAGCUGUCCCCACUGGACAUGACAUGUGUACACCUAUCAACUCUUCCUGCUGCAAGGGGUGGGACCUUCGUGAAAUGGCACCUGGAAGCUUGGUAGUGAGUGUCUGUCUGGUGUCCCCAUACAGACACCAGGGAUUGGCCUUCAUACAACUCACAGAGAAGACAAAAUGCCAGAUGUGGCACAGCAGCCAGCACAGGAGAGUGACCCCAAAGAGCAGGGAACAAAUGUGCAGAGCCGGCCGCCACCUGGGGUGGCACAUGGAGAACUCAGUGGCCUGAAUCGAGACAGCUGAAGAUCAGCCAGGGCCUCUGGAGUUUGCACACUUAAGUGGAGAUCACCCAGAGCAUCCUCUCAAGGCCCUUUUCAUACAUAAGAGAGUCAGGAAGAGAGGGAAGCCUCGUCCUCGUGGGCACCAACUCAAGGUUGGAAGGCCAUGUUCACUUGGAGCAGCUGCCCUGUGGAACCCACCUCACAGGCCAGACCUGGGUGGUACUCCACUGCGUCCAGAACAGAACUCCAGAGUGAAGAGGCUUUGUUUCAGUCCAGCAUCCAGCAGAAUGAAGUCUAGUACCUGGUGUCCAUGGAAGAAAACAUGCCCAGAAGCAGGAUAGCAGUACCUAUAGGGCCAUCGCCAGCCAGGGGGACACUGGACUCCACCCCAGACAAGGGUGCUGGCGGCUCACUGCGCCCUCCUAUUCAGAAAGCAGAGGAAGCUGGGGCUCGUGGAGGCGGGUGAGGGCGGCGCAGCCCAGGUGCCUCACUAGGCGACAAGUGGGGAGCAGGGUGGAUACCGCGGAAGAGACUGCAAACCUGCAGGGCGCUGCAGAGCCACAGAAGAGCAGGGUUGGGCCGAGUGGAGUCCUGGGGCAGCCUGGGGGCUGGAAUUGGGGUGGGAGUGGACAGCUGCUAGAAGAAAAAGUGGCUAUAAAAUGUCCCCAUUCGACAGAAUCAUAAACCCACUGAUGCAAGAAGCCUGACAUGGCCCCGAGGAAAAUGCUACACACGUCAUGAGCCAAUUCCCUGAAACCAAAAGAAAAGGAAACUCCUCAGCAGCCAGAGAAGAAAGACACUGUAUGCUGGGAGGAUAAAGAUGAGAACAGCAGCAGAGGAUCGUUGGAGACCAAGCAGGCACAGUGGGACAACACAGUAGGACAGCACCAUGACCGCUCUUCAGGCAGCCUCAAGUCCCCUGUGCUGUGCCCCAGGAGCAGACCAUUGGGACCUGGAGAGCCAGUCUGCACUGAAGACACCUUGGGUGGGUCCCAGGCUUCCCUGUGCCACCCCACAGAGCUGCCUGACGAGGACCAGAACCACCAGCCCAGUGAACCUCUUUCUUUUGUGACUUACCCACACUGUGGUUUUGUCCCUAGCAACAAAAUGGACAAACUCAUUGAAAAUUUUUGACAAAAAUGAAAAAGAAAUGCUUUUCAGACAGACAGGGGCUGUAGAAGGAAUGUCAAAGAAACUUUCAGACAGGAGGAAAUUGUACCAGGAGGAAAGUAGGCCUGUGUGAAGAGCCUGGCGGUCAGGGUGGUGAACAUGGUAGGCUUCCAGGCUGUUUUAAGAUCUCUGGGAAGGACAACCAGCCAUGUGGCGAGAAUGUCAAAGACCCAGCGCAAAGGCUACACGAGAACAUGGGCAAAGGAGUUGAGUAGACUCUUUUCUGUAGAAGUGUCACCAGUGGCUGUCAGCAGAAGGUCCAGCCCUACUGGCCCCAGGAAAUGCCACACCUGUACUGCACACCUUCAGUAUGGCCUUCACCCAGUGAGGAGCCUGUGCCCUGAUGAGGGAGUUCUGAUAUCGCUGCCACACAUGAAUCUGAAAAAUUCUGCUGCGUCCAGUAAAGCCAGCCAGCCAGAAACUGCACAACCCACUUUGAGGCCCUGAGCAGUGGGACUAGCAGCAGCAGAAAGCAGACGCCGGGGACAGGGCAGUGGGAGGUGCUGCUUGAGGGCCCAGUGUCUAUUGGUGGAGACAGAAGCUUCCAGAGGAGACAGCAGUUUCUGCUCAACAGCUUCCUGUACUUGAUGCCAUUAACUGCAUGUUAUAAUGUAAAAUUUGUAUCUUUAGCACAACAAAAAUAAUUUUUCAA